ACGGGCCCAGCUCCUGAAGAGUUCCAUCCUGCCUCGGCCUGGCCUGGCGGGGCUGUACAGCCAGCCCGCUCCAGCCGGUGCCCGAGGACUUGCCCGCCCGGCCUCCGUCGCGCGGCCCGGGAUGGGGCCCCGCUCCGGGCUGCGCCACCGCCUGGUCCCGAGGACCAUCUCCGUUGUGAGGGUCUGAAGUGCAGCCACCGUGGGAGGGUGGGCGGCCAGGCGCGGGGGCUGAACUACCGGGUGACCUUGGCAGGGCCGAACUGGCUCGGUCGACGCGACGCGCAGAUGAUUUCAAGUCAGCAAACAUUUACUGAGCACCUACUAUGUACAAGAUGAACGUCUGCAACAAGCCCUCCAACAAGACAGCCCCUGAGAAGAGUGUGUGGACAGCGCCUGCACAGGCCAGCAGACCCUCCCUGGAGCUGCAGGGCCAGCGGUCCCGCCGGAAUGGGUGGAGCUGGCCCCCUCACCCGCUCCAGAUUGUGGCUUGGCUGCUGUACCUCUUCUUCGCUGUGAUUGGCUUUGGGGUCCUUGUUCCCCUCCUGCCUCACCACUGGGUGCCCGCUGGCUAUGCUUGCAUGGGCGCCAUCUUUGCCGGCCACCUUGUGGUUCACCUGACUGCUGUCUCCAUCGAUCCAGCAGAUGCCAAUGUGAGGGACAAGAGCUAUGCAGGCCCCCUGCCCAUUUUCAACCGCAGGCAACAUGCACACGUCAUUGAAGACCUGCAUUGCAACUUGUGCGACGUAGAUGUGAGCGCUCGCUCCAAGCACUGCAGCGCCUGCAACAAGUGCGUGUGCGGUUUCGACCACCACUGCAAGUGGCUCAACAACUGCGUGGGCGAGAGGAACUACAGGCUCUUUCUACACAGUGUGGCAUCUGCUUUACUGGGUGUCCUGCUCCUCGUGCUGGUGGCCACUUAUGUCUUUGUGGAGUUCUUUGUCAACCCCAUGCGGCUGCGCACCAAUCGCCACUUUGAAGUCUGCCUGUGCCUUGCAGUCCUGAAGAAUCACACAGAUGUGUGGUUCGUGUUCCUGCCCGCUGCCCCUGUGGAGACCCAGGCUCCUGCCAUCCUAGCCCUGGCUGCCCUACUCAUCCUUCUGGGCCUGCUUUCCACAGCCCUGCUUGGCCACCUGCUGUGCUUCCACAUUUAUCUCAUGUGGCACAAGCUUACCACCUAUGAGUACAUCGUGCAGCAUCGCCUGCCACAGGAGGCAAAGGGGGCCCACAGGGAGCUCGAGUCAUGUCCCCCCAAGAUGCGGCCCAUUCAGGAGAUGGAGUUCUACAUGCGGACCUUCAGCCAUGUGCGCCCAGAACCCCCUGGCCAGGCCAGGCCUGCCACCGUGAAUGCCAAUCUUUCUCAGUUCCUUGCCACCCGAGGCCAAAUGGAGCCCCCCCAACCCUCCUCCCCAGAGACUCUGCCUCCCCGGAUCCGACCCCAGAAAAAGAGGAAGCGGCGUGUGUAUAAGGUGCCAACCUCUGGCACCUCGGAUCGGGAAUCGCCGCUGCCCAGGCUGCCGGGGCCCAGGGGCCCAGGUCGCAGCUCCAGCUCAUCAUCAGAUUCCGCGGGCGCCAGCCCAGUGCUUGCCACUGGACCUGCAGGCGCCUACCACUCGGCGUCAGCAGAGUCCAUGGAUGAGAUUCCAGUGGCGCAGACACGCCUGGGCAGCGCUGCUCUGGCCACCCCUGGAGGCAGGGGCCGUGAGCCGGGGCUGGCGCUGCAGGUGCGUGCGCCCGCUGUUUUCGUGAGCCCAAGCAGCGGCGAGCCCGGGGCGCGGGGCGGUCCAGAGACCGGCCUACCUUAGCAGGGCGGAGAGGCAGGAGGGCCAAGGAGGACCGGCCAUCCCGACUCUCUAUGCAACACCCCCACCCUUGCCGCACCGAGUGCACUUUAGGGGCCCCUAUGGCCAGCGGGAUGGGUCCCCUUCUCCCAUGACUCAGCAAUACCCCCUCCCCCCCAACCGGCCAUGAUGCUCCAAUAAAUUUUUUUUUUAAUGCUUUU